AUGGCUGAAGAUGAAUGCAAGUACGUACCUCCGUGGACCCAGGGGGUGUGCAAUAUCAGAGUGGACCUGCCUGCAGCGUUUUGUGGAGAUGGACGUAAACUUUUCGCUACCUGGAUAAAGCAGUUCGAAGCGGCGGUCCGCGCUCAGACCCGGGGUGAUGGGAGAAGCUAUGCCGCGUCCUUAACCGCUCUGCUGCCCACCCGGCUGGAUGGUGCGGCGUUUCUGUUGUGGGACAGCCUGCCCUCGUCUUUUCCUCGCAUGACCAUGAUUGACGGAAUUGUGCACAGGGUUGUUGCCCUGUGUGAUGUGGAACAGACAUGGCAGGUUGUCGUACCAUCGGUUCUGGUGCCGGAGGUCCUGCGUCUUCUUCAUGGGGGGCCCUUGACUGGCCAUUUGGCUGUGGAGCGGACCAUGGCCCGUGCACGCGGGAGGCGCAAGGCGCCUGUGCCUCACCAUCGUGCUCCGAUGCGGACGACGUUGGCACAGCGCCCGUUUCAGCGGGUUGCGGCAGACAUAUUGGAGUUGCCGGUCACGUCGAGAGGAAACCGCUAUGUUCUGGUGGUGGAAGACUAUUUCACCAAACGUUUGGAUGCUGCUUUUUGCCAGAGUCGCGAUAACAGUGUGACUGCGAGUGACAAACAGAGGACCUUUUAUGACACCAGAGAGAGACACAGGCCUUACGAAAUUGGGGAUUUAGUGUGGCUUCAUGACCCAACUGAGAGCCGCCGUAAAUUGGCCCCACACUGGAAGGGGCCUUACAUUAUUGAGCGGAGACAGGACCGUGACGACGUGGUUGGGGUUACAUAUGUGAUUGGAAGUCCAUUUGGGGAAGAAGCCCCCAAACAGACAAUUCACUAUGAUCGACUACGUCCCUAUUGUUUGCCGAGUCCUGUUCCUUUGGCUGGCCCACCGAGAAGUGCCGCUCUAAGUACACAGGGCCCUGUGACCUACGAUGCACUCUCCUCACACGGUGAGCCUUCUGUGUCCACCCCUUCGCCAGUGAGGGAACAGGUGGACGGUGAAUUUGUACCGGAUGCGGCCCCUAUUGGUCGUCAGGUGCAGGUGUCGCGUUCUGGACGACACAGUAAGGCUCCUGGACGUUAUGCUGACUAUGUUAUGGGUUAA